UCUCUCUCGCUCGCCUCCGUCAUUUUCCUUUCCUUUGUGCCUUGCGCAACGGGCGAGGCGAGGCGAGGCGUGGCGCCGGAGGAGGCGAAAUAUAGCUACCCUCUCCAUCCAAUCCAACCCGCCCCCGAUUGCUUUGCUCCGACGGAACCUCGCCGGCCCUCCGCCGUAACCGCAACCGCAAGGCUGCUGAGUCAAGAUAUAGGAAUUGAUGGAUCUGUCCACAACCUCUGUUAUGGCGGCCAAGGCCUACUCGUACAAAGCAGAGUUACUGGUUAAGGAGUAUCUUCUUGCAGAUUCAUAUGUUUCGUACACUGCUAUGCUUGGUGGGAUCCUGAUGUGCAAGAUGGUCUAUGACAUCACACACUUAGUCAGCUCAUUCUUCUACAAGUGUUAUGCUUCUCUUACAAAAGCCCAAAAGCUUGAGUGGAACAACAGGGGCAUCUCCACUGUCCAUGCAAUUUUCAUCACAUUCAUGUCAGUGUACCUAGUAUUCUUCUCCGACCUAUUCUCUGAUAAGCUGGAUGGACCAGUAACUUUCCGGAGUUCAAAGCUCUCUGAUAUUACACUAGCGGUUUCUGUUGGGUACUUCAUCACUGACAUUGCUAUGAUAUUUUGGGUUUAUCCUUCCCUAGGCGGAAUGGAGUAUGUUCUUCAUCAUUUCCUGUCACUUGUUUCCAUAGUCUAUUCUGUGUAUUCUGGGGAAGGCCAGCUGUAUACAUACAUGGUUCUCAUCUCUGAAGGAACCACACCUGGAAUCAACCUCCGCUGGUAUCUUGAUACUGCUGGACUGAAAAGAUCCAAGGCCUAUAUCGUAAAUGGUACCUUAAUGGUUGCUGCAUGGCUGGUGGCACGGAUAAUUCUCUUCAUCUACUUGUUCUACCAUAUCUACUUCCACUAUGAUGACGUGAUGCAGAUGCGGUUCUUCAGCUGCCUUCUGAUAUUUGGCGUGCCCUCGAUACUACUCAUCAUGAAUACGAUAUGGUUUGCAAAGAUCUUGAGAGGCCUUAAAAAGACGCUAGCCAAGAGGGAGUGAAGAGGAGAAGAAUAGCAGCAGAUGCAAACUCGUGUCCGCCCAUCUACACAAACCAUCACCCUGCCAUACAGUCACAUAAAACUACAUAUACUCCCAAGUAAAGCUAGAUAGUGCGACUCGCAGCACAAGCUAAAACCCCAUGUACAUGAUCCAGAAGUAUGCUUGAGCACGGCCUCACAUUUUCCACGGAUAUUCUCCGUCUUGUACAUAUAUACCCGUCUGGAUAUUGCUUAGGAAGCUUCAAACUGCUUGUGCAUUGAAUGCUUCUAAGCCUCGACCACUGACAUUGAGAUAGUCGUUGGUCAUCAAACUGACCUUUGAAAGGUUGAAACCUA